AUGACGCUCAAAACUCUCCUCCGUCAACUGAGAGAUUCGUGCAAGAUCUUGAGGACGAUCGAGCAAUCACUCAUCAAAUAUGAGCACCAAGAGCGCGCCAGACUCCAGCGUGAGAUGCACCCCAAGCCCAAGUCGAUCUUUCCAGAGACAUUUCACGUGGACCCUGGUCGCGUAGCGCUAGAAUCGGUAGUCUCCGACCUCGCCAUCGCUACCAACUUGGUUAGCCAGUACCAAGCUGUACUGUGCGGCGAGCCGUUAAGUUUCCAUGGUAUCGAUGCCUACACUUCAGCCAUGGAUGAGGACCCCAACGGCCCCAUCAACGCGUUCUUCGGCUGUGGCGGAGAACUGCAUUGCGAUCAGGGCCAGCCUUGUGACUACUGCCGCAAGCACCACAAGAAUUGCGUCUACGAUGCUGGCCAGGAUGCUCGACGUCCCGCCGUUCGCAAACGUAGAAACGAGGACCUUCAGUACAGGAGCAGAGCCCUUGACACCAUUCUCGAUACCCUCAAGACUGCUCCUCCGGCACAAGCCCAUCGUGUCCUUGAGUUGAUCCGUCAGGACCAGCCACUAGACCACAUUAUAUCCUCCAUCUCUCUGCUUCAGACCGCCUCCGCCCGGGGCCGCACUGGCAGUAACCACACGCGCGACCGAUUAGCCAUAGACGUUCUCUGUGAUGCGCCGCCAAUUCAAGUCCCAGCUAGUCCCUGGACGUCCAUAACCUCGGGUUCUGACACUGCAUCUCAUCUGAUGUCUGCUUACUUCAACUGGUGCCACUUCUACUAUUACUUCUUUGAUGAACAGCUUUUUCUCGAGGGCAUGCGGCAGGCUGAUCUCAAUUCGCCGUAUUGCUCUCCUCUCAUGGUCAACGCCUGUCUCGGAAUUGGUUGCCUGUUCACCGACGACCCCUGCGCCUUUUCCGAUGCGGCUGACCCAUCCACUCGUGGUCAACACUUCUUCAAUGAGGCCCAUCGACUCUGGACCGAGACAGCCGCUUGUGCCACUCUGGCCAAUGUUAGCGGUCUCCUGCUGCUCAUUAUGCUGUUCGACAACCCUACCGGCUUCAGCAUGGAACGCGCUGAUGCCAACGCAGGUCCGCAUUGCUAG